UAACCCGCCCAUUGGAAGGUAACAAUGUGGUCCAUAUCUAAUCAGACAGUCAUUUGCUCUUGAAACUCAGAGACGACAAGAUGGCUAUCUCUUGUCCAACUAAGAGAAUGGCUCAGAACUCCUUGAAAAUUAAGCUGCAGGAUUUAGAAUGCCACUUCACCUGGAAGCUGGACUGCAGCAGAUCUAAACUAGAAAGUCUCAGAGAAACCCUGAUAGAUAUCAUCAGCAGCGAGGGGGUUCAAUGUUCCUGGACGGGUCAACUGUACAACUUCCUGGCUUACCUACACCACACUUUGGGCUCCAGAGAGGACGCUCUUCAAUACCUGAAGAAGGCUGAAGAGGCCAUUCGCCUAAACAGCCCAGACGACGUGGAGCUAAGUCUGGUGGUCCACUAUGGGAACUUGGCCUGGGUGCACUAUCACCAAGGGGAGCUGACAGAGAGCCAGACCUAUGUGGAGAAGGUGGGGAGACUACUGAGGGACAACCCUCAACCUGCCCAGGUGUAG